UUACUGAAGUUCAUCAUGGAGUACGCUUUUUACCUUUUCGUCUUUGUGGCAAUUAUAACAACGUUUGAGGGAAAUAACUAUUGUGAAGCUGUACUUACGAAUGCCAAGACUACCUCGAAUUUAACUGCUGACAGAGUGAGUGAUCUAAAAGAAAUUUUAAUCAAUCAGGAUUUGACUCAGAAGCUACAACUCGUACAAAAUGUCAUACAAAUAAUGAACGAUGUUCAAACAUUAAAGAAUGAUGUUCAGCGCCUUAAAAAGGAAAAUUCCUAUCUCAAGAGAGAAGUUGAAAACAAAACAAACAUCAUACAAAUGCACGUGAUGACUGAUGUUCAAUCAUUAGAGAAUGAUGUGCAAAGUCUCAAGUCAGAAUAUUCCUAUAUCAAACGAGAAUUUGGAAAUCACUUGAUCAACACAAGAAAUGAAAGGUGCGCACGGACACUGGAAUGCCUGGAUCAGAAAACAUACGUUGCCUUUUAUGCGUACUAUUCUAACAAUUUUAAAGCUCUAUCCACUGGGACGACUUUAAUCUUUGAUUUAGUAGAGACAAACCUUGGCAACGGGUACAAUAAAAAAACUGGAAUAUUCACUGCUCCAACUUCCGGUGUCUUUGCCUUUACAUGGACCUUGCACGCUGCGGGAAAACAUGUCGCUGGAUCAUCUGGGAGCAACUAUGGCGAAAUGAAUGCAGCGAUAAAACAAAACGGAAUCACAAAGGGUGUGAUUGUUACUGAUACUGAAACACAGUACGAUAAUGCUGCUGGUACUGGGUUUGUUGUAUUGAGUCUAAAAGCUGGAGACCAAAUAAAGAUUGUGUCUAAUAACUAUAACGGCCAAGGAUCUAUGUACAGCACCGAUCAAAAUGGCCGAACAUCAUUUUCAGGAUUUCAGAUUGCAUGAUUCCUCUACUUAUAAUCAUUUAUUUAGGUAUAUUCAUUAUUG